CUCGUUGCCUGACCUUGGUCCAGGCAAGCGGCAGCUUCCUACCAAGGGUCGGGGCUGCUCUUACUUGCGAUGGCGAGCAGUAGCGGCUUGACGGCGACCUCUCAGGGCGAAGAAGCUCUCGUCGCUGGCAGUCGCCGGAUCUCAGCCGCUUGCUCAUGGGAAUGUCGGGCGGAGCUGGCGAGCGUCGUGCGCCUCGUCUCGGAAGAGGAAUUCGGCGGCGCCUGGGAGCUUUUGGGGCCCCCGCCGGACGGUGAGAAUGUUGUGCUUCUUGAAGGACGCUUAAACAAUGACAGUAUCGCUCCAUGUUUACUGUACUUGCACUGUGACCCCCAUGGAUCUGAAGAAAUUGUUGGUCUUGGUAUUGUGAGUGAGGCGCGGAACAUGGAAGUCUACAUAGGAGAAGAAUACUGUGCAACUGGGAGGGGAGAGAAAAUCUUUACCAUUGAACAUGGCAGCAAAAAUGACCAAGUUACUUUAUACAAAAAAUAUCUUAGAUUGGAGUGCUCCACAGCCUCUUGUAAGAUUAAGCUACUGUCCAUCAGUGAAAAAGAAAGAGUACUCCUCAGUAAAAUCAUAGUCCAAGUCAAAUUAGUUUGUACAAAACCUAUGCCAGCCUUUGCUGGACUAGGAUCAGGAAUAGACCUAGACAAAGUACAAAUUAUAAUGGAAUCCAUGGGAUCAAAACUAUCACCUGGUGCUCAACAGCUUCUGGAUAUGGUUCGUUUUCAACAGAAGAAUGGACUUCCUUUUGGAGGCAAGUUACAAAAUAUACUCGGGAGAAAUGGACUUGUAUCUGAAAAUAACCAUGCCAUUGAUGGAUUGAAAAAAUCACCUGAUUUUGGGAGAUUAGACCACGUGCCCAAUGGGCCUUCUUUUCUAAAAGCUAAUUCAGCAGCUGGAACACUUCUACAAGACUUAAAGAUACACACCGAUAUGAACAAACAGGCUCCUGGUACAGAGCCUAUGUUUGAGCCUCCAGGGCUUCAGACUCCACAGCCCAGUGCUGUAGUUUCUCAAAAUAACUUUAAAGGCUUGGUGUCGUCUUUUUUACAACAGCAAGGAAAAGAAAACUCAGAUAUGCCCAAUUCCACGCUGCUGCUUCCAUUGCUUCAGACUGUAUGCGGUCAAGUCAAUCGUCUACGAAUAGACGAAAGGAGUAAACAAUGUGAGAACAAUUCUGUAUCUGAAGAUCAGGGGAUUCAAACUGUUAGCAGUGCAGAACAGCAACCUGUUUGCCUCUACUUGGAAAAAUUCAUCUCCAAAAACAUGGAACUGAUGGAGAAGAGAUUAAUGGAGAAUAUUGAUCUGCAUAUGCAGAAACUUCAGGAACACGUAGAUAAUAAAAUUGCUGCAAUAAUGGAUUUUGUUCAGAAUUCCAAUAAUGUUUCACAAGAACAUAAUCCUUUAAGAGAAGAAACCUCAAAUGGGAAGAGGUAGACAAUCAUUGAGAAAUGGAAAACCUCAACGUAUGUGUUUUCCAAGGGCAAGUAUUUAUUUUGCAAGUUUUUGAAAGCUGUAUGCGUACAAGCUUGUAAGUAUUUAAAACCUCAAAAAUUAUACCUGUUACUGUAAUUUUCCCAGUAUUGUACACUAAUGUUAGUGUUUGUAUAUCUGUAACUUGCAAAAAUACCAAACCAAUAUUUUUUACAGUUCAGAUAAUUUUUUACAUCUUCAUAUAACUUAUUUAUUCAUAAACAUUUAAAAGAUGUUACCUUUUUGGAUGUUAUUCUCAUAUUUAAUUAUGGAGAAGUACUUUAAAUAAAGCAAUUCACAGCUUUA